AUGACUGGAUGUUGGCAGCGCACACCGCCCGGAGGGCAGCAGCAGCAGCAGCACGCGUCUGCGCAGCAGCGGCAGCGAGCGGCGCUGCAGCAGCAGCAGCAGCAGCAGCAGCACGGAAGCACCUGCAGGGCCACAAGGGGAGAAAUGGCAGUGACUCCUGCUGCUGCUGCUGCUGCUGCAGUGCUGGCUGUGGGGUGUAUGGACAGCGCAAGCUCGCCCAACAGAGCCUCCACGCGGCUCCGCGUGUGCAGCGCAGCAACAAGACCCAAGCAGCAGCGGCAAAGAGCAGCAGCAGCAGCGCCAGCUGCUGCUGCUGCUGCUGCUGCCAAGCACUUCAGCAGCGUCGCCUGCAGCUGCGGAAGCAAAGCCUUCACGUGCAUGCCCGCCCGCAGCAGCAAAGCCCUGCAGCAGCAGCGCAGCAAAUGCAGCUCUCCUCACAAAUGCACCGCGCAGCUGCAGCAGCAACACCUGCAGCAGCAGCAGCAACUGCAGCAGCAGCAGCUGCAGCAGCAGCAGCAGCAGCAACUGCAACUGCAGCAGAGCGACUCGCAGCAGCUGCAGCAGCAACUGCUGCAGCAGCAGCAGCAGCAACGACCGGAGCAGCUGGAGCAGCAGCAACUGCAGCAGCAGCAGCAGCAAGAACUGCAGCAGCUGCAGCAAGAGGCUCCCUCGCGCGCCUCAGCAGGCCAAGACCGACGCAGGAGCCGACACAGAAAGGCGACAAGCCAGAAGCCCCCGCAGCUCCUAGGGUCUAGGCCCCGGCAGCAGCAGCACCUCGCCCCCCACGGGGCGGUUCGUCAAGGGAUCCGCAACCAGCCGGAACAGGCCCUGGUACAGCUGCAGCAGCAGCAGCAGCAGCAGCAGCAGCAGCAGCAGCAGCAAGGGCUCGCUUCAGGGCCGUUGAGGGAGAAGGGGGCAGCAGCAGGAGCAAAGGCAGCAACGGCGACACGCGCAGCUUCGCUCUCACGAAGCAGCACAGCUAUACCAGCAGCAGCAGCAGCAGCAGCAACAGCAGCAGCAGCAGCAGCAACAGCAGCAGCAGCAGCAGCAGCAGCAGAGGCACCUACCAACGGCAUAAGUGGUUCAACUGCGUCUCUGCUUAAGGGCGCUAGCAGAGUGCCAAGUGCUGCUGUGGCAGCAGCAGCAACUGCAGCAGAAGGGUCUGCGAGGGCCGUCGGCAGCAGCAGCUGCAGCAGCUGCUGCAUGCGGGCUUCGAGAUCUGCUGCUGGGCGGCAGCAGCAAACGGCCAGCAGCAAGCAGCAGCAAGCCUCCCGCUUCCUAGGCGCCUGCGCCGCUGCUCUGGUGCUUAGCAGCAGCUGGCUUCUGCUGCAGCAGCUGCAGGCGGCCUGCAGCAGACAGGUCGCACACUGGCGCUGCUGCUUUCAUUUGCUGCUGCAGCAGCUCCAGCAGCACAUCCAGACCCUCUGCAUCCAGCCGCAGCAGCAGCUUUGCUGCUGCGCGCAUGCAUUCUUCAGCAAUGUAGCAGAACAGCAGCAGGGGCAGCAGCACGAGCAGCAGCAGGGGCAGCAACAAGAGCCGGAGCAGCAACAGGAGCCGGAGCAGCAGCAGCAGCAGCAGCAGCAGCAGCAGCAGCAGCAGCAGCAGCAGCAGCAGCAGC